CCCCGCACUAUGGUAUUCUCUGGACGCAAAGGGGCGCGUGCCACACAGCCCCCUACUAGCAACAAGGGCUUCCGGGGGAGAGGGGAGCAGUGGUGUGGAAGUGGUUGCCUGCGGCGCUCUUGCUGAAGGAAAUGACGUCGAUGACAGGCGCCCCCCGCGGCCUACCCAGCUGCUCCCUGGUUCUCCAGAGACAGCUUAAUCCCGUCUCUGAAAUGCGUUUGCUGGCUGGGAGCCUAGAAGGGAUAGUGGGCGAGGCUCCGCCCCGUGGUGGGGCGCUUUCCGUCGGCGCGUGUUUUGGGGUUGCCAUCGGCCCGUAGUAUGUGAAAAUUGUUUUUCAGAGGCACCAAAUAAUGUCAUCUGAAAUGUUGCCAGCAUUUAUUGAAACUUCUAAUGUUGACAAAAAGCAAGGCAUAAAUGAAGAUCAAGAGGAGAGCCAGAAGCCAAGAUUAGGUGAAGGAUGUGAACCAAUAUCUAAACGACAAAUGAAAAAACUAAUAAAACAGAAACAAUGGGAAGAGCAACGGGAACUCCGCAAACAAAAGCGAAAAGAAAAACGCAAGAGGAAAAAAUUAGAGCGACAAUGUCAAAUGGAAUCAAACUCAGAUGGACAUGACAGAAAACGUGUUCGAAGAGAUGUUGUUCAUAGCACCCUUCGCCUUAUUAUUGACUGUAGUUUUGAUCACUUGAUGGUAUUAAAGGACAUUAAGAAACUUCAUAAGCAGAUUCAACGAUGUUACGCAGAAAACCGACGGGCACUGCAUCCUGUGCAGUUUUACUUGACAAGCCACGGAGGCCAGCUGAAAAAGAACAUGGAUGAAAAUGACAAAGGAUGGGUCAACUGGAAGGAUAUCCAUAUCAAACCAGAGCACUAUAGUGAACUCAUAAAGAAAGAAGACCUGAUUUACCUUACGUCAGAUUCACCUAAUAUACUGAAGGAAUUAGAUGAAUCAAAGGCCUAUGUGAUUGGAGGAUUAGUAGAUCACAACCAUCACAAGGGACUCACAUAUAAACAAGCGUCAGAUUAUGGAAUCAAUCAUGCACAGCUCCCACUUGGAAAUUUUGUGAAGAUGAAUAGUCGAAAAGUUUUGGCAGUUAAUCAUGUGUUUGAAAUUAUUCUGGAAUACCUGGAAACAAGAGACUGGCAAGAAGCAUUUUUUACUAUCUUGCCCCAACGGAAAGGAGCUGUUCCCACAGACAAAGCCUGUGAAAGUGCUUCUCAUGACAAUCAGUCUGUCAGGAUGGAGGAAGGUGGAUCGGACAGUGAUUCCAGUGAGGAGGAAUAUAGCAGAAAUGAACUAGAUUCACCACAUGAAGAAAAGCAGGAUAAGGAAAAUCACACUGAAUCUACAGUGAACUCUCUGCCACACUAAUGUUACCUGGUUUCCUUUUAGUUUAAGGAAAAAUUAGGAGAAAGUGAGGUGCUAUAUAGAAUAUUGAAAUUGGAAGAACAUUUUAUUUUCUCUUAUUUCUGUUGUGAUUUUUAAAAACUUUUUUUUGGACCUAAAUAAUAAUAAUAAAAAAAAGCCCUUUAAACUUCGUAAGGAAAUAUUUUUUGAUUUUGCGUAAGAAGAUUUAAAUGUGUAUGUGAUUUUUUUGUUUUUGUUUUUAAAGCCUCAGUAGUUUCUAGAUAAUUUUACUGUAUUAGUAUAUUUUCAUUUUCUUUCAUUUUAUAUUCUUUAGAAUGUGCCUUCUGACCUUUCAGUUUUUUAAUUUUAUAGUCACAUCAACAUCUUUAUGAUCUAUUGCCUAUAUAUCUGUGAGGGCACAUAUUCAUAAAUAUACUGUCAAUCUAUCAGAAUUUGUGUAUGGUAGGUUACCCUCUAUUUGCAGCUUUUAUGUUUAAAUUAGUUACUUGAAAGAAUGUAGUAAUUUUAGGAGGAAGUAUCAGUUUGAUAGACUUAAUAAAUCAUUUCUUUUGGACUAUGGAGCGCAUAUCUGUUCCUUCUUUAUGAUGCCUUUUUAUGGUUCUGAAGUAAUUACUGAAGAGUUGAGAAUCUCUUUAAUGCAUUUUCUUAAUUCUUACAAUGGUGAUAAGUUACUUCAAUUAUAAAAUUGAAUUUUGCAGACUAAAUUAUUUUAUAAGGCUGUUGCUAUUGAAAGAUCAAUUUUGUCUUUACCUGCAUUUAAAAUGGAACAGCUCUUAGCAGCUGUGGUUUUUUUUUCCAUAUUUUUUUUUAAAUUUGUUGGCUCUUAAGAUGAAUAAAGUUUAUAGGUGCAUCUGCCUCCUCUUCUAUAAGAAUAUGCAUACUAAUGUUUGUUUCUAUAAAUCAAAUACACAUGUGAUAAUAUGCAUGUAAAUACAUAACUAUCCUCCUCAUGUAUGGCUCUCAGUUCUUAAUUGAUGAUAACAUGAUUGAUUUGCCAUAUAUCUGUAUUACUUGUGUGAAUGGUUGUGUUGAACACGCUAAGAACAAUUUGAAUUUUAUUAAGUACAAAAAUCCUUAACGUUUGUAUGGGAACAUUGGCAAGAAAGAAUAGUGUGAAAGGGAACUGUUUUAGUUUCCUAUCAGUAAUUGUACAUGCAGUUAAAUGUUUAAGGUAAAAUGAUUGGUCUCUGUCACAGCUAAAAGAUUUCAGUAGCCUUCAUUGAGUUUGGGUAAAAUAAGUUGCUGUUCUUUUGUCUUCUUUUUAAUAUAUAAAAGUUAUAUUUAAAAAGUAUAUAACAUACUAUAUAUGUUACAUACUAACAUAUAUAUACACAACAGAAAGUUUAUUGGAUUUAGUACUGAUAUUUACUGUCUAUUUUUGUUACUUUGUUCUUAGUAAUCUAUUAUAGUUACCUAUUUUAAGGUAAGGUCUGUAGGCAAGAUAUGUAAGUAAAGACAAGCCCUACAAUUUUAAAAUAACAAAGCUUAUGUCUUAAGUUGUAUUCUUUCAAAGGUUCAUGUUUUUCUGAGUAAAUGUGGUUUAUUAGCAUGAAA